AUGUCUGGUUCUGCAAAGGCGGACAUUGACAAGACUGCCGAGAGACUGCUAACGACCGGCGUAACCCUGAAUGCAAUACCGUCAACAUCAGAGACCAGCUGGCUAGCGGUCGACGACUCGGAUGACUACCUCCUGACGGGCACGGGAAUUGUCUCGGAAGAAGCCGCUUGGACUGAAGAACCUCGAGUGCAAGAGCCAUACGAGGUGGCCUUAAAGGUCCUGACCACUGUGGACUAUCCCGAGCUACCGGCAGUCACUUUCCGGUCUAUAUUCCUCGGCCUCGGAUUUUCAGCAUUCGGAGCUGUGCUCGCGCAAAUUUAUUAUUUCAAACCCCAGAACCUCACCGUAUCCGCCUUGCUACUGCUUAUUCUCUCGUUUGCGUUGGGAAAUGCCAUGCACGCUGUGCUGCCGUCAAAGGGCAUUUUCAGAUGGAUCAACUCUGGUCCAUUCAACAUCAAGGAGCAUGCAGCUAUCGUUAUCAUGGCCUCAACUGCCUCAACAUCGGCUACUGCUAUUCAGGUCAUAGCUGUUCAAGAGUUGUUUUACAACCAUACAAUGGAUGCUGGCGUCGCAAUCUUCACCCUGCUUGCCUCCCAGCUCGUAGGAUAUGGGUUCGCAGGCCUGCUCCAGGACGUUCUCGUCAGGCCCACGAAAUGCUUCUGGCCUGCAUCCAUCCAAACCGCCAACUUGUUCCAGGCGCUGCACUACGAUGAGCAAUUGUCGUCGAAGCGCGUGCGCGUCUUCUGGAUUGUGUUCGCCGUGAUGUUUUGCUGGGCAAUUGUACCCGAGUGGAUCUUCCCCGUACUCUCGGGGAUAUCCAUAUUCUGCCUCGCCGACAAUCACAGCUCAGUCAUCCGAAACAUUUUUGGUGGCGCCAGCAGUAACGAGGGCAUGGGGAUCCUCUCGAUAUGUCUCGACUGGAAUAUCAUAUCGAGUCUCUGCUUCUGGGCGCCGUUAUCCUAUCAGCUGAACAUCGACAUCGGGAUUUCCCUGGCGUACAUCAUGAUGUCCGCAAUAUACUAUGGCAACUUGUGGAGCUCUCUGUCAUUCCCGUUCAUGAGCCAGUCUUUAUACACCGCAAACGGAUCCAUCUACGAUCAAACAGCCAUUUUGACCGACGGAAAGUUUGACGCUACGAAAUACGCCGAGCUAGGACCUGCGUAUCUGUCCGGGACGUUCGCCUUCGGCCUCAUCACGUCCAAUCUCUCCGUUGGUGCCCUCUUUACGCAUGUGGCCCUGUGGCAUUGGAGGGACCUCAAACCCUUCUUCUUGUCAUUGAACCCGCGCAAUCGCGUAGAUCAUGUCAUUGAUGAUCCUCACUGGGAGAAGAUGAAGACUUACAAGCAGAUACCCCGUUGGUGGUAUGUCGCCGUAUUGAUCGGGGCCUAUGCAACCGCCCAAGCCACCAAUUAUACCGGCGACUCCGGCCUUCCGUGGUGGGCCUUGACGGUCAUCCUGCUAAUAUCCUUCACUCUCACCGCCCUAUAUGGCAUCCUGGACGCAUUGGUCGGGUUCUACAGCAACGCGACUGCGUUCUACGAGAUGAUCACAGCGUACCUCGUCCCCGGUGAUCCUGUUGCCAACAUGUACGGCUCAUUGUACGGAGGACAGCCCAUGAUCCAGGCGUUCGCAUUCCUGAGCGACCUCAAGCUCGGUCAGUACGUCAAACUGGCGCCGCGUGUGACAUUCUGCAUGCAGAUGGCGGGUACCGUUGUAGGGGCACUCCUGAACUAUGUCGUCGCGCUCUCCAUCAUGGACUCUCAGCGAGAUGCGCUCUUGUCGGUCUCCGGUACACGGCUUUGGUCGGGUCUUAACGUCAUCAUAUACAACACGAGCGCCAUUGCUUGGGGCGCAUUGGGUCCGCAGAUGUUCAGCGGAACGGCUUUGUAUCGCAUGGUACCGAUUUCGUUGGCUAUAGGCCUAUUCCUUCCUUUGCCCUUCUACAUCGCGCACUGCAUCUACCCGAAGGCUGGCUUUCAGUACUUCAAUACAUGUAUCAUGUUCCAGAUUGCUGGGCAAAUGUACGGCGGUAUCACUAGCUACGUCAACACUUCCAUGGUGAUUGGACUGUUCACGCAGUGGUGGGUCCGGACUCGCCACCCUCGGUGGUUUGUGAAGUACAACUACCUCAUCGCCUCAGCCAUGGAUGCUGGCACGCAGAUCGUCAUCUUUAUUCUGAACUUCGCAAUAUUCGGGGCAGCGGGCAAUGCGGUUGCGUUCCCGGAGUGGUGGGGCAAUGACUUCAACCUUUCUGCCGAUCGUUGCCUCGCCGCAUCCGAUUGAACAACCCCUCGAAGGCGGAAGCAUCGCAGUGUAUCUGGGUAUACUCGGACUUACAGACUACAUGUACUGUAGAUAUCAUAGUUUAUCGACCACGGAACCGUCUAUGAUGGAACCAAGAAGCCAGUGUCAAUCGGAUAAAUUAGAUGCACAUGGUAUCAAGUGAGCUCUACAGAUACUUUGCGUCGUGCGAGUGGUGUAACUAGCGAUGCCU